UGAGGAUCAUCCAAACUCCUGAGAAAUCUGUCUGGUAGUAGUAUGAGAUAUGAUCUGCCACAGUCCCCAAAGAUACCAGGCGGAAAGCAAGAGGUGGCAUUGAAGCUGACAGUGAAGAGAAUGUAAUGUGGAUGGACUGAACAGCCUCUGUUUCUUCCAACUCAGCUGUUUUUGAUGCUUGGAAGCUUUUCUUUCGGCCACAAAGAUGGUAAUAAAUCUUUGCCUCCCACAGUUCAGACCAAGAAUUCACUGCAACAAGGUGUCAGCUGAUGGUUAUGAAGUAGAAAAUCUCAUCUCUGAAGACCUCAUAAAGAGAAGCCAUGGCUUUAGGACAGAGUAUUUCAUUAGACCUCCAAUCUAUGUGACCGUUUCCUUUCCCUUUAAUGUGGAAAUCUGUAGGAUUAAUAUAGAUCUCACAGCUGGAGGAAGUCAGAAUGUCACUGGCCUGGAGUUAUACACGUCUGCCUUAUCCAGCAGGGCCUCUGUGGACUCACACGAGUGCUGGACUACAGACCCCAUGGAACUAUCUGUCCCAGACAAGGAGGCAUUCACCUUGGUAGGCAAAGUCUUACUGAAAAACCAGAACCACGUGGUGUUCAGCCACAGGGGCUUCAAGGCCAGGCCACCUUUUAGCCCAAUGGAAGUCACACUCCUUUCUCCUGCUGUUGUAGCCCAAGAACUCUGGAAUAAAGGAGCUCUUUCCCUUAGCCAUGUGGCCCACCUCAAGAUUGGAAUCACCCAUGUGACAGGCAGUGGCAUCUCCUGCAUAAAGCGUUUAGAGGUAUGGGGUCAGCCAGCCAAGACCUGCUCUCAGGAGGUGAUAAAUAGUGUCUUGUUGAUAGCAUCAGAAAGCCAGCCUAAGGACUUGGGUCUGCACACUCCAGCCUUGCCCAUGGAGAGUGACUGUGACCCUGGGGGUCAAUCUGAGGGCCAGCAGAAUCCUUGUAUCUUACAGGAGAUAUCUGAUAUGAUUAAUGAUGUGCCAGAGGAGUUCCUAGAUCCUAUCACCCUGGAGAUCAUGCCAUGCCCCAUGCUGCUGCCCUCAGGCAAGGUCAUUGACCAGAGCACUCUGGAGAAGUGUAACCUCAGUGAAGCUACGUGGGGCAGAGCGCCCAGUGACCCUUUCACAGGGUUAGCCUUUACCCCACAGUCCCACCCCCUACCUCAUCCUUCCCUGAAGGCCCGGAUCGACCAUUUCCUUCUUCAGCACUCUGUUUCUGGCUGCCACCUGCUUGGGAGAGCACAGACUACAUCAGUGAUGGCCCCUUCUAUCAUUACGCUGCCCUCAAGGAAAAGGAAGCCGGAGCAGGCUGAACACAGCUCAGACUACAGCCUUGGCAUGAGUGUUACUUCCUCUGCUGCAAGCCCUCUGCCCUCACCCUCUACCUCAGAGCCUACUGCCAAGAAGAUGAAAGCCCCCACUGAGCUCGGCCUGACAGAUAUGGACUGUUCAGCAGGUCCAGUGUCCCAUGAGCAGAAGCUGUCGCAAAGUCUGGAAAUUGCCUUGAGUUCCACCCUUGGCUCCAUGCCUUCCUUCACUGCCCGGCUCUCCAAGGGUCAGCUCCAACAGCUGAGCACAAGAGGGAGCUGUGCUUUCAGGAGGCCAGACACCAGCUACGCAGGGCAUCCCAGGAGUGUUUGUGGUCCAGAGUGUGCGUCCUGCAAAAGAGCAUUUUCUUCCUACUCCACAAAGGAGCCUGUGUACCAGCUGCCCUGUGGCCACCUUCUGUGCCGACCCUGCCUGAGUGAGCAGCAACGCUCUCAGCCCAUGAUGUGCACAGCCUGCCAGCAGCCGGUCACCAGCCAGGAUGUGCUGCGGGUCCAUUUUUGAGUGACCAGCCUCGACUGGGAAGCCCCGUUUGGAGGGGAGUCCUGCAGGUGGAGGAAGCAAGAACAGGGUCCCAGUGCCCCUGUUCUGUCCUGGGUUUUAGCGCCUCAUGAUGUGCUACGGGGACCGGAUCAGGACACCCCACUCCUGCUUAGGCAACAACAGGAUAAUAAAGCCAUAGGCUGGGCUAGGGAAGACAUCCCUAUUCUCCCUGGCCUACCUUGCCACUCCCCAACCAGAGCCAGCCCCAGCUGUUCAGAAGCACUCCCCUGAUGCCCCGUUAUCUGCACACAAUCUUUGUUUCGGUUUUUUGUUUUUUGAGACAGGGUUUCUCUGUGUAGCCCUGGCUAUCCUGGAGCUCACUCUGUAGAUCAGGCUGGCCUCAAACUCACAGAGAACUCCAUCUGCCUCUCUCCCAAGAGCUGAGAUUAAAGGCGUGCACCACUACCGCCUGGCUGCUCAUGACCUAAUGGAACAUUGUGGACGACACUCAGUAGACUGUAACUUGGGACCUCACACAGCCUUCUCUGCCUCAGGGUCACUCAGAAGUGGACCAUGGUAGGGGUUGUCAAGCACAUGACUUAGCCAUGUGUACCUCCACCCCCGCGGACACUUAGAGCCUUAAUAAAAAUGACAGUUGACAUUC